CACAUGCACGCGCACAUCCCCAGUUACCAUGAUCCCCAGUUGACCCGUAACACCGGACUGAAGCUCCGAGUCUGAGGCGAAUAGAAUUUACCGCACUGUGUGAGCACAAGCUGCUGUCUUGAACUGCGUUCCUUCAGGGACACUUUGAACUUUUUAAUGCACAAUGGCUGACUAUUUAAUCAGUGGACAGACGGGCUACGUGCCUGACGACGGUCUAACGGGACAGCAACUCUUCAACUGCGGAGACGGCCUCACUUACAAUGAUUUCCUGAUUCUGCCAGGAUACAUUGACUUCACAGCUGACCAGGUGGACCUGACAUCAGCCUUGACCAAACAGAUCACAAUGAAAACUCCACUUGUUUCGUCACCCAUGGACACAGUCACAGAAUCUGGAAUGGCCAUCGCUAUGGCGCUGACUGGUGGAAUUGGCUUUAUUCAUCAUAACUGCACUCCAGAGUUCCAAGCCAAUGAAGUUCGUAAGGUCAAGAGGUACGAACAAGGUUUCAUUACGGAUCCAGUGGUGAUGAGUCCAAAUGAGCGGGUAAGGGAUGUCUUUCUAGCUAAAGCUCGUCACGGAUUCUGUGGUAUUCCGAUCACAGUCAAUGGACAGAUGGGCGGACGUCUGGUUGGCAUCAUUUCAUCACGAGAUAUCGACUUCCUGAAAGAGUCGGAGCAUGACCUGCCACUCAGUGAGGUGAUGACUAAGAGGGAGGACCUUGUUGUAGCUCCAGCAGGAGUGACACUGAAAGAGGCCAAUGAAAUCCUUCAGAGGAGCAAAAAAGGCAAGCUUCCCAUUGUAAAUGAAGAGGGCUGUUUGGUGGCCAUCAUCGCCCGGACAGAUCUGAAGAAGAACAGAGAUUUCCCACUGGCCUCAAAAGACUCCCGGAAACAGCUUCUUUGUGGCGCUGCCAUCGGAACACACAAUGAUGAUAAAUACAGACUCGAUCUUCUGGUGCAGGCUGGUGUGGACGUGGUCGUCCUGGACUCUUCCCAAGGAAAUUCCAUCUUUCAGAUUAAUAUGAUUAAGUACAUAAAGGAGAAAUAUCCCAGCCUACAGGUCAUCGGCGGUAAUGUGGUGACUGCGGCUCAGGCGAAGAAUUUGAUUGACGCAGGAGCGGAUGCCCUGAGAGUGGGAAUGGGAAGCGGCUCCAUCUGCAUCACACAAGAAGCGCCUCUCAGUAUUCCUCCUGGUUUAAAGCUCCACAGCCCCAAAACCCCAACUACUGUUACGGGAUACUCCAUGCUGGCAUGUGGGAGGCCUCAGGCUACAGCUGUGUAUAAGGUAUCUGAAUAUGCUCGCCGGUUUGGAGUGCCUGUGAUCGCUGAUGGGGGAAUUCAGACAGUUGGUCACAUUGCUAAAGCUCUUGCUUUAGGGGCAUCUACAGUAAUGAUGGGGUCAUUGCUAGCCGCGACCUCAGAAGCUCCUGGUGAAUAUUUCUUUUCUGAUGGGAUCCGUAUGAAGAAGUACAGAGGGAUGGGCUCUCUGGAUGCCAUGGAUAAGAACCUGGGGUCACAAAACAGAUACUUUAGUGAGAGUGAUAAGAUUAAAGUAGCUCAGGGGGUUUCAGGGGCAGUUCAGGAUAAAGGCUCCAUCCAUAAGUUUGUUCCAUAUCUCCAUGCUGGAAUACAGCAUUCCUGCCAAGACAUCGGUGCAAAGAGCCUCACUCAGUUGAGGGCAAUGAUGUAUUCUGGUGAACUGAGGUUUGAAAAGAGAACCAUGUCAGCUCAGAUGGAGGGUGGAGUGCACAGCCUACACAGCUAUGAGAAGCGCCUGUUUUAAUGAAGAAACUACAGAUGCCAGUACAUGCACUCCUGUUUAUCUACUUCUACACAUGCUUUCGCACAUAUGGACAGCCACAAUUGAGAACCUAAGCUUCCUCUUUCUUCUGUCUUCCCAGCUGCCUUCCCACUUAGUGAGGAGAGAAACCAUGUGUAAAUGUCUGUAUGCAUAUGCCAGUGUGCGUGAAUGUGUGCGUUUGCAUUCAUUUGUGUGGUUGUGGGGAGCACGUGCUGUCUGUUGUAUGUAUCAGAUGCCUUAGGUUGUAAAAAAAAAAAAAAAAAGUUAUGCUUUUGAGUGGGAUUUGUCAACUUAAGAAAUAUUAACAAAUAUAAAAAGAAAUUGACCGUGAGUCUGUCUGUUAAAAGAAAAUGCCAUCACACAUAUACAUGUAUAAUUUUAAGCAAUAAAAAACAACCAAAGCUUCCAGUCUAUUAAGAAAAACUGGAUGACUCAGUGUAGUUCAUGAUCUGUGCGAAACAGGAAGUGUUGUUUUUUUUAUGGGAUUUCUGUUCAAUGUGUUAUAAAAGAGAACUGACAGUUUAGGUUUGGUGUGUGCAUUUGAGUGCCUUCAUAAAACUGUUAUAUUCAUAUAAUUUAUAACAUGUUUUAGUUACUUGAAUGCAUUUUUUUAAUUAAUAAUAAAUUGAUUUUCAAAGCCUGAGUCUGUGGGUGUGUGGGUA